AUGGGAAAUCUCUUUUCCAACCCUUACAAGAUUUUUGACCACGAAAGAGAGAAUUUCAAUCUAAGGCCACACUCGAGACUCGAUAAUUUCAUGAUUGGAGAGAAUGAUUCAGACUAUGACUACACCAACAUCACCGCGACCCUCUUCGUCGUCGUCAUGAUCGUCCUCCUCCUCGUCCUCCUGGUCUGCUGCCUGAAAACAUUCCUCGUCUGCCGCCGCCAGAAAAUCGUAAACGACAGGAGAAGAAGGCGGAUGAUGCGGCAGAAUCAAAUGGCGCAAAAUCAAGUCAUCAACUCGGAGGAUUUUCUCAGGGCGCUCACGCUAAGCCAGCAGGGAAGGCAUCAGUUGGAACUCCCUGGCGAAUCAUCUUCCCGCUCUUAUGGCGAUGAACCACCAGCAUACGAGCACGUGAUCGGCAUGCCACCAAGCUACGACUCCAUUGUCAUCCUCAACGGCGUCCAGAGCAGAGCUACGUCUGUAGUUGGCUCUGUUCUCGAUACUGUCCGAUCGCUGAGAAGAGGAUCUAGAGCUGUCUCGGCUGUUGGACCAACCGAUUCACCCAGGACUGCGAUCACUUCUGCCCAGAGCGAUUGUGGCUCAGCAAAAUCUGAAUCCCUCGUCGCUUCAGUUUCCAACGCGCAGUUUGUCCACAGGCACGAUUGUGAAUCAAUGGUCGCAAGCCAAAGUGACUCCGUCAAACGAGGAAGAUCAAUCCGAAAACCAAGGCUUGAAGAAGAAGAAAACUCAAACUAA